UCAGGCCUCCUUCCUUCCUUUUCCGGCCGGCCGAGCGCUUCGGUUUUCAGUGGCUGGCUGAGGCGAUGGCGGCCGGAGGUGCCGAUGCUGUGGAUGUGGAGGAGGAUGCUUCUCAGCUCUUAUUUCCCAAGGAAUUUGAGACUGCCGAAACCCUUCUAAAUUCAGAAGUGCACAUGCUUCUUGAACAUCGGAAACAGCAGAAUGAGAGUGCAGAAGAUGAGCAGGAGCUCUCAGAAGUAUUCAUGAAAACCUUGAACUAUACUGCACGCUUCAGCCGCUUCAAAAACCGGGAGACUAUUGCUAGUGUCCGCAGUUUGUUACUCCAGAAGAAGCUCCAUAAAUUUGAAUUGGCGUGUUUAGCUAAUUUAUGUCCUGAGACAGCUGAGGAGGCCAAAGCUUUAAUUCCCAGCUUAGAGGGUCGGUUUGAAGAUGAAGAGUUGCAGCAGAUUCUUGAUGACAUUCAGACCAAGCGAAGUUUUCAGUAUUAGAAGGAACAACCAGACCCUCCAUACUCUGCAUCUCUGGACCAGUCCUGACUAUCCAUCGACAGAAAAGAGAAGCUGAUGUAGGGUGUUGACAUGCUUUUAAAAAGGGUUUCUUGGCUCUUUGGACUUGUUGAAUGUUGAGAGAGUUGGCAAGACUAAUGUGGUAUGAGCCACAGAACUCUGAAAAGUUUGCCUUGUUUAGUUUAAUAUUUGUUUCCAAACUUUGUCUUCCUCCUGGGAAUAUACAGAAUGCUUAUGGGGCCAGACAGAAUGAACAUACGUUGCCCAAGAUAGGAGAAACUUUUCCUAUUAUAUUUUGAGAAUUGUAAUAGUAGAAUCAGGAUAGAUAAAUUUGUGUGGUUUUUUAUGUGUUUGAUCAAAAGCCUGUGUUUUUCUCUUCAACCAUAAUUUUGUACAAUUGUUUGUGAAUUAAAGUAUAGUAUUUCUAAUGAGGAGUCUGUGAUUUGUGAAUGUUCGCAUUCACUCAUUGUUUAUACAAAAGUCCUGUUGUCUGAGGAAAUGCUCUGCAAGUGGUGGAUGAACACAAGGAGCUGGAGGAAUUUGUUGGAUUAUUAAACUGCAUAUAAUAUUUUUGCUGUAUGUUGGUAAAUUGAUGUAAAGUUAUUUAAUUUGUAUACAUACAUUGCUAUAAACAAUAAUUGCACAUACAA